AUGGCAGCCUCCCCCAACCCUUACAGGGGAAGACCCUCUGCAUUUCGUUCUGCCCCGCUUCCUCAGGAGGAGGACAGCCCCGGUCAGCAACGUGGCACGGCACCAGGCGAACCCACUCCCGAGCCGCCUCCUGCUCCUCCCGGCUCGGACGCAGGCCCUUCUCAACCCGCCGGCCCUUCUCAACCUGCCCGCCAUUGUUAUAGGACCACUAUCCCCUCUGAAGCAGCUCAGGCUCGACGACAUGAUGUCUCUACUAGCGUCUUGGCAAUGAAAGGCUGCCUUGGCAGCUUGUGGGCAGAGAGCAUGAAUCAAAUGGACUCACGCAGAGUCCCUGGUGUUCACCAAUCCUUCCACACCCUCCAUCAUGAAAGCAAAGACCUCCGGGACAAAGUCUCUGAACUAGAGCUACAACUGAAUGAUCCUGAUCAAGCCAGCCACGCCUUGCGAGCUGAGAUUCGAGCUCUAACCAGCCAGACUGAGCGGCAAAAAAGGUCUUUGACGCAGGUCAGAGAUGAGCUCCGAGCUGCGUGUGAAGAAAGAACUGCACAAGAGGUGGGACAUCAGCAACAGCUUGCCCACCAGGUUGGGGAGAUUCAAUCCAGAGAUACCCUGCUACGGGAGAAAGACCAUAAGCUGGAGGUUCAGGCAGCUAAGUUGGCAGCCCAGGAAGCAGAGCUGCAGGCCUUGAGGGAGGAACUGUCUCAGUCUCGGGCGGCUCUGACGGGAGUGUCUACCGCCUUGUCAGCCUAUCAAGAGGGAGAAGAAGCUCGUUGCCUGUGA